AUGAGAACUCCUUUCACAAUCCAAAUUUCAGCAUCAAAUGCAACUCCUGUUACUCCGAUUCGUGCCGAAAUCUAUAUUGACGACAUUUCGGAUGGUACCUACUGCGAUCUUGUAAAUUCCGCACCCAAGGUCAAAGAAGGAUUCUGGAAUGAAGAUCUAGAUGAAUUGCAUUACUUUAAUUUCGAAUUUGGAGGAAUUGAAUAUAAUAACUUCCUUGACUUCGAUUUUUAUAUUGUACAAAGUUCUUCUUGUCUAGCCAGUGAAUUGAGUGCACGCCAAGAAAAAGAAGGGUUACGGAUUCCUUCUCAAACAGAAGCAUACAAUGCACCAUUUAGACCUGGGUUCGGUGCGGUCUCGGCAUACUUCUUUAAAUCAAAGCAGGUGUAUAAAGAGAAUGUUGCGUGCAACCCUGAAAGUACAAGUAUAGACUCUCGAGAAUACAACUUAAAUGACGGUUUGGUAUACCAAAUAAAGAAAAACCAAAAGAUGGAUUGCGAAGUUAUAAGAGAUAAUUUGCAUCUAGAGGUUGUAGACGAACACCAGCCGCUUGCAGUGCUACACGUUCAUUAUAGACCAUUACAGUGGUUAACCAGCAGAGGAUUAAUUCGAGUCGAUAAAUCUCAGGAAGAAGCAUUCUACAAGUCAAAGUUUAGAGCGAUGAAGUAUGUUGAUUUGAAUUCAAACGGAGAGGAGUUUGAUGCUAAUAAGAAUAAAAAAGAAAAUAAAACUGGAGAUCAAAUCAAGAGCAAAGGGAUCAUAAACAAAGUGAAAUAUCGAACCAAUGAUUUUUUUAAUGUCAACCUCGGAAAGAAUACCUUGGAAAAUUAUAAAUUUUCCUUUCCUUGGGCUUCGCCCGAAAUGUCCCAGGCUGAGAUUGUCAACCAAAAUGAUGAUUUACAAAUCAUUUCUCAACACGACUUUCUAGAUACAUUAAAGAGGAAGCAGGGAUUUGAUUCUAGCGCAAGUUCCUUGUUACAAGGAAUCGAAGAUUUGCAACCAGGCCUAGAAAAUAAUAGGAAACGAAAAAGGAUAUCAUAUAAUGAAUUUGUAGAAUUGCUUGAUUCCGAAGAUGAAUAA